AUGUCACAAUUAUCAUUUAAAGACAAAGUUGUUGUUGUUACUGGUGCAGGUGGUGGAUUAGGAAAACAUUAUUGUUUAGAAUUCGCCAAAAGAGGUGCCAAAGUUGUGGUCAAUGAUUUAGGUGGUUCAUUAUCAGGUCAAGGUGGUGGUUCAAAAGCUGCUGAUAUAGUUGUUGAUGAAAUCAAAGCUGCCGGUGGUGUCGCCGUAGCUGAUUACAACAAUGUUUUAGAUGGUGAUAAAAUCAUUGAAACUGCUGUCAAGGCUUUUGGUACUGUUCAUGUUUUAAUCAAUAAUGCUGGUAUUUUAAGAGAUGCUCAAUUCAAAAAAAUGGAAGAAAAAGAUUUCCAAUUGGUCAUUGAUGUUCAUGUUAAUGGUGCUUAUAAAGCCACUCAAGCUGCUUGGCCAUAUUUCAGAAAACAAAAGUUCGGUAGAAUUAUCAAUACUGCUUCCCCAGCUGGUUUAUAUGGUAACUUCGGUCAAGCUAAUUAUUCGGCUGCUAAAUCAGGUUUAAUUGGUUUUGCUGAAACUUUAGCUAAAGAAGGUGACAAAUAUAAUAUUCAUGCUAAUGUCAUUGCUCCUUUAGCCAGAUCAAGAAUGACUGAAAAUAUUUUACCUGAAUCUGUCUUGGAACAAUUAGGUCCAGAUAAAAUUGCUCCUUUAGUUUUAUUCUUAUCUCAUGAUGAAAGUGAUGCUAAUGGUCAAAUUUUCGAAUUAGCUGCUGGUUUCUAUUCUCAAAUUAGAUGGCAAAGAUCUGGUGGUGCUUUAUUCAAACCAGGUAAAGAUUUCACCGCUGAAUUAGUUGGUAAGAAAUUUGAAGAAAUUAUGGAUUUUGAUGAUUCUUCAAAACCUGAACUCUUAAAGAAUACAACUCCUCAAAUGUUAAAUGAUUAUAAUAACUUAAACAAAGCUGCCAGAGAAUUAUCAGGUAAUGAUUUAUCUGGAGCUUCUGCCGUUUCAUUAAAAGAUAAAGUUGUCUUAAUUACUGGUGCUGGUGCCGGUUUAGGUAGAGAUUAUGCUUUAUUCUUUGCUAAAUAUGGUGCUAAAGUUGUUGUUAAUGAUUUUGCUGAUCCAUCAAAAGUUGUUGAAGAAAUCAAAGCUGCUGGUGGUGAAGCUCAUGGUGAUAAACAUGAUGUUGCUACUCAAUCAAAAGAUAUUAUUGAUAACGUUAUUAACAAAUAUGGUACUAUUGAUGUAUUAGUCAAUAAUGCAGGUAUCUUGAGAGACAAAUCUUUUGCUAAAAUGACUGACAAAGAAUGGGAUCAAGUUCAAAAAGUUCAUUUAAAUGGUACUUUCAAUUUAACUAGAUUAGCUUGGCCACACAUGUUAGAAAAGAAAUUCGGUAGAAUUGUUAAUAUUACUUCAACUUCAGGUAUUUACGGUAACUUCGGUCAAGCCAAUUAUGCUACUGCCAAAUGUGCUAUCAUUGGUUUUACUAGAACCAUUGCCAUUGAAGGUGCUAAAAACAAUAUUAAAGCUAAUGUUGUUGCCCCUCAUGCUGAAACUGCUAUGACUUUAACUGUUUUCAGUGAAGAUGAUAAAAACUUAUAUCCUCCUGAAUUAGUUGCUCCAUUAUUAGUAUUCUUAUCAUCUGAAGAAGUACCAGUCACUGGUGAAUUAUUCGAAGGUGGUGGUGGUUGGUUCGGUAACACCAGAUGGGAAAGAUCUAAAGGGGUUGUCUGUAAAGAUAAAGUUGUUACUCCAGAAUUCAUUAGAGAUAAUUAUGAAAAGAUUAUUGAUUUCACUGAAUCAACUAAUCCAAAAUCUACCACUGAAUCUUCAAUGGAAAUCUUAUCUCAAGUCGAAGGAGAUGAUGAUGAAGAAGAAGAGGAAGAAGAAGAUGACGAUGAUGAAGAUGAAGAAGAUCCAAUCUUCCAUUAUAAUGAAAGAGAUGUUAUCUUAUAUAACAUUGCUAUUGGAUCUAAAGCCAGUGAAUUGAAAUACGUUUAUGAAAACGAUUCUGAUUUCCAAGUUAUUCCAACAUUUGGUCAUUUAGCUACUUUCAAUUCAACUGCUUCCCAAUUAUCUUUUGCCAAAUUAUUAAAGAACUUCAACCCAAUGUUAUUAUUACACGGUGAACACUAUAUUAAAUUGGAGCAAUUCCCAAUCCCAACUGAAGCUAAGGUUAAAACUACUUUUUCACCAUUAGCUGUUACCCAAAAAGGUACCAACACUGUUGUUGUUCAUGGAUCACAAUCAGUUGAUGCUGAAACUGGUGAAAAAAUCUUCAGUAAUGAAGCCACUUUCUUUAUCAGAAAUUGUGAAGGUGAAACUAAAACUUAUGGUGAACGUAAGACUUUUGCUACUUCACAAUUUGUUGCACCAAAAUCUCAACCAGAUUUUACUACUGAAAUCAAAAUUUCAGAAGAUCAAGCUGCUUUAUAUAGAUUAACAGGUGACAGAAAUCCAUUACAUAUUGAUCCAGCUUUUGCUGCUGGUGCUAAAUUUGAUAAACCAAUUUUACAUGGUAUGUGUACUUAUGGUUUAAGUGCUAAGGUUUUAUUGGACCAAUUUGGUGAUUUCAAUGAAAUUAAAGCAAGAUUUACCGGUAUUGUCUUCCCAGGUGAAACUUUGAAAGUUUUAGCUUGGAAACAAGGUGAUGUUGUUAUUUUCCAAACUCACGUUGUUGAAAGAGGUACCAUUGCCAUUAAUAAUGCUGCUAUCAAAUUGAUUUCCGAUAAACCAAAAAUUUAA